AUGUUGCCACCUGUGAAGAAGGACCGGAUCAUUACUCAGCUCCCAAAGUGUUUCAGUCCAAAUGCAGCACUGCACAUCAAAGAUGGCUUCCACCCACAGGUGAAGGCUGUCUGCCAGGUAAAGAAGACAGACACAGUGAGCUUUAAUAUCGCCAAAGUCAUCGUAGUGGGUGACGUUGCAGUUGGGAAAACAUGUCUGAUCAGCAGGUUCUGCAAAGGUGCGUUUGAUAAGAACUACAAAGCGACCAUAGGGGUGGAUUUUGAGAUGGAGCGAUUUGAGGUACUCGGGGUUCCCUUCAGUUUGCAGCUGUGGGAUACAGCAGGUCAGGAGCGGUUCAAGUGCAUCGCUUCCACGUAUUACAGAGGAGCACAAGCCAUCAUAGUGGUGUUUGACUUAAGCAGUGUGAACUCGUUAGCACAUGCCAGGCAAUGGCUGGAAGAUGCUAUGAAGGAAAAUGACCCAUCCAGUGUUUUACUGUUCCUUGUGGGCACUAAGAAGGACCUUAGUUCUCCUGAUCAGUUGGUUCAGAUUGAACAGGAAGCCAUCAGACUCUCUGAGGAAAUCAAAGCAGAGUACUGGGCCGUGUCUGCAAAGUCAGGCGAUGGAGUCAGAGAUUUCUUCUUCCGUGUGGCCUCUCUGACUUUUGAGGCCAAUGUUCUGUCUGAGCUUGAGAAAAGUGGGUCGAGGCAUGUUGGUGACAUUAUCAGGAUCACAGACAGCACAGAGAACGAUCACAAACCCACCAAGAGGAAACCCAACUGCUGCUGA